AUGGAAUUUGCAGGACAAAAUUCCCCACAGGGCAAUCACACUACUUUGGUGGAAUUCAUGCUGGUUGGGUUUUCUGAUCUUCCCAAACUUCAAGGAUUACUUUUUGCUAUAUUUCUAAUAAUCUAUAUUAUUAUUCUUAUGGGAAAUAGCCUCAUUAUCAUAAUAACUAAGGUUGAUCCUUCACUGCAGACCCCCAUGUACUUUUUUCUUGGGAAUUUUUCCUUUUUGGAAAUAUGUUAUGUGUCAGUUACUCUCCCCAGUUUAUUAACAGAUCUCUGUGGACAAAAUAGAAAAAUUUCCUUUCUGGCCUGUGCGAUUCAAAUGUAUUUCUUCCUGAUCUUGGGAGCCACUGAGUGCUUUAUCCUCACUGCCAUGGCUUAUGACGGGUAUGUUGCUAUUUGCAAUCCAUUACUCUACCCUGUCAUCAUGAACAACAGGCUGUGUAUCCAACUGACAGCUGUCUGCUGGACCACUUCAAUUCCAGUGUAUACAGGUUUCACUUCUGCACUCUUCACAACACCCUUCUGUGGAUCUAACCAGUUGAAUCACUUUUUCUGUGAUGUCCCUCCAGUUGUUCAGCUUGCUUGUGGAAACACGUUAAUGUUUCAGAUGUUGAUUUAUAUGAUUGCUGCAUUUGUUGUCACUGUGCCUUUUGCAUUGAUACUUAGAUCUUAUGUAAAAAUAGUCUCCACCAUCCUGAAGCUGCCAUCCGCAACUGGGAGAGCCAAGGCCUCCUCAACUUGUUCUUCCCAUCUCAUGAUUGUGACUUUAUUCUUUGGAUCAGGCAUCAUUGUGUAUAUGAAACCAUCUACUCACUCAACAGGAAUGGACAAGUUCUUUUCUCUUUUUUAUACCAUUUUGAUACCCACAUUUAACCCCAUUAUAUAUUGUCUGAGAAACAAAGAUGUUAUGGUGGCUUUGGGAAAAUUCCUACAGAAAUGGAUUGUGUUAUGA